UUUGGAGGUGGUGGCGGAGUUAGUAAGGUUUGUAUGUAGUCGGGGUUAAGAUGAAUUUUAUUAAGGGGAGUGGGUUUCGGAAAUGUAAUUCUUUUACGAAUUCUUUUAUUGUUUGUCCUCUCCCAUUUUCUUAUCAUGUUCUUCUUUAUGGUCCGUUCAUUGAUGGGCAGGGCUUCGAUUACACCAGUUUCCAGAAUGCGCACUCGCGAGGCAAUGUUGAGGCGUUGUGGUAGUUUGAGAGAAGCCAGUGAAGGGGGUUUGAAGGAGGCCAGUGAAGGGAGUUUGAAGGAGGCCAGUGGAGGUGGUUUGAAGGAAGCCAGUGAAGGUGGUUGACCACGUGGGCGAGUUGAAGUAGUUUCUGGUGUUUGUAAUUCUGAAGGGGGUAGUGCAGAGGAUUCAGUAGUGGCAAUUUCAAUUGUUGGAGUAGAGUCACAUUCCAUGUUUGUGUCGGUUGAUGCUGAGUGUUGGAGCCUGCUAUCUUUUAACGAAAUUUUAAAUUUUUUAUUAAAUGGGGGUAUUU